GGGGGGGACGGGAAUCCAGGCACUCGCAGCACUUCCGGCUGCCGUGAGGUGCAGGGCAGCUACAGUCGUUGGGGGACGGGAAUGGAGGGGGACAGACUGUACUUCCGGCGGCGGCAGCAGCAGCAGGAUGCCUAAAGCGCCAAAAACUAAGAAAGUGCCGGAGAACAAGGUUAUCCAUCCAUAUAGCAGAAAGGCUGCCCAGCUAGUACGGGAGUCACAUAAACAAGAAAAGAAAGAUAAGAUAAAGAAUGGGAAGGCUGUACGUCUAAAUGCAAUUGGUGAAAAACUGCUGUGGUUUCAAAGUCAUCUUGAGCCCAAUAAAACUGAAUACAGCAAGCAGGAAGCCUGUGAGAUUACAGAACAGUAUUUGCACAGAUUUGAUACUGAGUUGGAACAAAUUGAAUUGGCAAAUAGCAUUAAAGGCAGACAAGGAAGACAGCACCAGGCUCGUGAAGCUAUUCUGAAACAGACCAUUGAACGUGAAAGGCUUCAGUAUGAAGAAAAUGGUUUAGAGAUUCCUGAUAUUAUCAAUGUAAAGCAUCUGAAAGUCUUCAGAGACUGGGAUGGAGAUCUAAAAAAGCUUCCAAAUAUCAAAGUGAAGAAAGUCUCAGUAAAAGAUUCUGUUUCUACUCAGAAAGGAAACAAAGUUGAAGUAGACGUACAAAAAAAUACUGAAUCAAGAUAAUGUCUCAGAACAUUAAGGAACGAGAGAAUAUCCAAUUAAGAAAAAAGCCACAACCAGCUGUUGAACAAAGUGAUCAAUACAUUCACUGCUGAGGUAGCACAUGAUGAAAAUGUUAAUUCCUCGGACAUCAUUCUCGAGGAAGUGCACAUGUCUUUGAGGUGGUAUUCUUUUAAAACCCUAUUUUCUACAAGGUGAAUUGAUAUUAUUUUAAAAUAAUGAUUAAAGCAUGCAAGUGCCUUAAAUGCCACAGUUUUUCUGUCAACCUUCUCCGAUGUUCAAAUUUUUUGUCAUGCUUUUCCUAACAUGGAACGUAUUCUGAAGCAGUCAGAUUAAACUUUUAAAAUUUGGUGGUGAAGCUGUUCUGAUUCAUCGCUACCACAGUUUGCUUAAGAUUUUUUUUGUGAUUUAUUGUUGGACGAGGCAGGGAUCAGACUUGUUACUCUAUUAACAUCAGGAUGGAUCCUGAGAAAUGUGUUAAUUUGCACUGCCCUUUUUCCAAUUGCUACGAGUGAAAACCUCAUUAUUGCCACUAGCAUUCAACUAUUACAGGUUUUUUUUGCACUGUCAAGUUUGAACCAUGUAAUCAAUAUCCUGUAACCAAACUUUUUUUUGAAGAAAAAGUAAUUGAUUUUGAAUAAUAUAUAUCAGAAUAACUUGAAAUAUAUUUUUUUCUCUAAUUGCUUGUUUGGAAGGGCCUAAAACUAAACUAAUGUUUAAGGAUCUUGUAAAAUGGAUGCAACAAAAAACAAGUAGCAAUUUCUCCAAACAUUUUCCGCUUUAAGUUACCAGUGAGAUAUAAUUGUGAAACAAUGAAAUUUGACUACAAAAGGGAAUAUGCAUUCCAGCUUGGAAACGAGUGCAGGGCAGAUUACAAGAGUCGUAUUCAUGUGAGCAGUGAUUAAUAGCCUCUGGUUAGCAUAACAGGAGACAAAACUGUACUCCCCUGUACUAAUUUUGAUUAAAUUUAUCCUAGUGACAGAAUUGAUGAUGUACUGAGUCAGUUUAAAGAUAUUGCUUUCCCACUGUCUGAAAUACAUAAACGUUGUUUAAUAGAGUAUCUAAAGAUGUAAUUUUCAUUGAUUUUCAUGGAGUGAGAGUACAGGAGGUCAUUCAGCCCAUCUCUCCUGUUCCAUCUAUUUGGGGGGGGGGGACACUAACAAAUUAGUCCCACUUCCUUUCGGCAGCAAUGUUUUUCUUUUUCAUACAUCCAAUUCCCUUUUCAAAACUUGAUAAUAAACUGCUCCCUUUGUAGCUCUUUUGCAACUUAGACCUUUUGUACUUCAGUUGGUGACUUUCCUGCUGAUGGAAACUUAUUUGUUUUCACAAUCAAUACAUCACAUGAUUUUUAUACAGUUCUGUGAAAUCUCCUCUGCACUUUCUCUGUUCAAAGGGAGAAUAACAUCUGCUUCUCUGGACUCCGCAUGUGUGAAGCCCCUCAUCUCUGAUACUAUUCUAGUAAAUUUUCUUAAGGCUUAUUAUCCUUCCCGAAGAUGCUGCCUGGAACUGGAAACGAUAAUGUUCUACUCAACUAAAUAAAGGAUAAAUGGCAAAAUAAAAAUAAACCCUCCUAUGAGUCCAUAGGAAGUUAAAAUAUACAGUAACACUUCUUAAUAUGGAUGUUCAGUGGGUCAGUGAUAAAUUAGAAUAGUUCUGGCUGGGAUACAAAGCACCUGUACUUAAUUCCAUGACACUGUUGGAUAGGAAUAUUGUAAUCCUACUAAAAAUUCUAAUUGAAAACCCAGUUAUACAAAUGUCCCAAAAAUUAAAUCUCAAUAGUUUGUGCAACAUUCAUCCAUCAACCAGCACUAUCAAAACCAGACUGCCUGCCCACUUAUCUCAGUUGCGGUUUGAGAUCUGUGCACAAAUAGGUUUGAUACAUAACAAAAGUAUUGACUGCACUUCAAAUAUUAUUUACUGCCGCAGCUGCAAACUUCAAGACCACCCUGAGAAUAUAAAAGACUACACCAAUGAAAAUUCUUUCUUCAGCAUCAGCAAGCCUGAGUCACGUCAAAGAGCUGAGUUGUAAGAAAAUCCCAUGAGAGCUUUUAGUUUUAAGUGAUGACAAUGAAAGGAUGGUGCAAAAUUUCACAAGAAUGUAAAUGACGUGUAAGAUAAAUCUUAACAUAUACUCAUAAAAUAAUAGAGACUGGUUAAACUUACUGAAGGGUAAGUUUAGGAAAGAUUCCAAAUAAUCAAAUGUUGAUUAUCAUUGUAUCCUUAGGUUUUGCUAAUUGAAUUGACAAUUUUAAGUUAAUUUGAUAACUUGUAUCUUGUACAAUGUUGACAAACUAAGAUGAUACAAAUAGGCUCACUUGAGCUAAAAUUCUUGUGAAUAUUACCAUUAGAUUUAACUAGUAGUUCUCUUAAGCUUCCACAUUUUUCAUCCCACCCCAUGUAAACAAAUAAAGAAUCAUAUAUACCCUAUUUUGUUGGAGGACAUUAAAAAAAAUUAAUACAUUUCCACAAAAGUGCACCAAUAUAUAUCUUAAAUGAGUAUCUUUAUGUAUUCCGGUAGUGCAUACUUUGCAGUUGUAUUAUUUGCAAUAAAGUAACAAAAUUGGUGUGA